CAAAAAAAAAAAAAACUGCUUUGUGAAAGUCAGCUGACCGCUUUCUGCUGGUGCCCACAGCCCGGUGAUGGAUCAACUGAAAGUCAAGGAUCGCAUAUUGGAAAACAUUUCUCUGUCCGUCAAAAAGUUGCAGAGUUACUUUGCGGCCUGCGAGGAUGAAACUCCAGCUAUCCGAAACCACGACCGGGUCCUUCAGCGCCUCUGUGAACAUCUGGACCACGCUCUGCUGUACGGGCUGCAGGACAUCUCGUCAGGAUACUGGGUCCUGGUCGUCCACUUUACAAGGAGAGAGGCUGUCCGACAGAUAGAGGAGCUCAAGCACAUAGCAACCAACCUUGGUCGAAGCCGUGCAUGGUUAUACCUGGCACUGAGCGAGAGCUCUUUAGAGAGCUACCUGCGCCUCUUCCAGGAGAACCAAGGACUGCUGCAGAAGUAUUAUUUCAAAAAUGCUUUGGUUUGCAGUCAUGACCACCUCACACUCUUUCUCACCCUGGUGUCCGGACUGGAGUUUAUUCGCUUUGAUCUGGAGCUGGAUGUGCCCUAUCUAGAUGUGGCCCCAUACAUGCCUGAGUAUUACAAACCACAGAACCUGCUGGACUUUGAGGAAAGGCUGCCCAGCUCAGACAGUAUUUCCCUACACUCCUUCAACUCCAUGACGUCCACCAACCUGGAGUGGGACGACAGUGCCAUAGCUCCUUCCAGUGAAGAUUAUGAUUUUGGUGACAUGUUCCCCGUGUUGCAGUCAUUGCCGAGUGCAGACUGGGAAGAGGGUGAGUUAACCGAUCAGGCCAGCUGCCCACGGUCCGCUGGCUCUGAUCCCCAGACGGUCAUCAGUGACACAGUGCUGCUUUCUGGUACAGUAAAGGGGAAGGUGGCCGCUCACCUCUCUCCACACAGCCCCCCAUCCAGGUACAACCCCUUCAAUGAAGACUCGGACACAAAUACCUCAGCAGACGUCACACCAAUUCACAUGGCCAGGUAUCACAGUACCGCCGCUCCUGGAGGUGAGGCGGAGAUCCACAGCUGCGAGCUUGAAGUCAUAAGGAUGGCUAAACGAAGGAAGUCAGCCAGGAAGCGACAAGCGAGGGGUUCCACGGAUUCCAGCAGCAGCAUCCAUAACUCCGUCUCCUCCGAACACACAGAAACAGAAAAUGGCGCCUUCACCUCAGAUGAUUCAUUGAGCUCCACUGUAGCACAGGCGGAUAGUGACGGAGAACUCUGCAGAAGCCGGGUUGGAUCAGUGAUCGUGGAGGAAGAAGGAGAAGAAAGCGUUGAGGGCCUCCUGCGUCUCCCAGAGAUGACAGACACCUCCAUGAACAGUGUUGGCCAGCCCCUCCGUGAUGUCAUGGACCGGCUCAAUGGCUCAUGGGAGAACCCAGAAGCGAAGGGGGUGGAGGAAGAGAAGAACAGUCACGUCGUUGAUCAGAGCGCCGAGCCUCCAACGCAGCAGCCCUUUCGGGAGGAUUCAGAGGGCAAGCCGCCUGACCCUGCUCCAGGACAGACGUGUGUCUCCCCUCUGGACCAACGCUCCAACUCCCUGCAGGCCUCUGCUGUGUCUACAGACUUGUGCUGCUUUACCCCCAUCAGUCCAGACCUUGCUCACACAAGUGGUGGCCACAAUGACUCUACAGAGCAAAGCCAGUCACAGACUCUUUCAGGUAGCCUUGAAGAUGACAAAGAAGCAGAAGCAGGACAGAAGCCCCACCUGAAGGAAAAGGACAACGUCCGAGAAGAUCCAGAAAACAAAACGACUGUCGAGGAAGCAGAACAACUGCCGGAGGAGAAACUUAGUCCUUGUGAAAUGUCUCAUCCAGCAGAGUUCAAGGUGGACAACAAUCACUUGCUGCUUCUAAUGAUUCAUGUGUUCAGAGAGAAUGAGGAGCAGCUUUUUAAGAUGGUGAGAAUGAGUACAGGUCACAUGGAGGGGGACCUGCAGCCUCUGUAUCUGCUGCUGACUGACUGUUACAUCUACCUACUAAGAAAGGGAGCAGCUGAAAAGCCCUACACAGUUGAAGAUGCUGUUUCUUAUAAUGAGCUUGACUAUCUUUCUGUGGGCCUCGACCAGCAGACGGUGACUCUCGUUUGCACCAACAGACGAAGAAAGUUCCUGUUGGAUACUGCUGAUGUCUCACUGACUGUCUGGUUCCUGUCUGCUCUGACGUCAGCCAUGGUGCAGGGUUGUCGUGAGCCUCCCUAUCCGUCUGUUCUGACAGAUGCUACAAUGGAAAAACUGGCUCUGACUAAAUUUGUCUCCCAGGAGUGUCACAGUGAGGUAUCUGAAGUGUCUAUUCAUCUGUACUCCCUGGUUCACUGGGAGGACCCUAUGGACUUGACUUUGUCCCCUCAAGGUAGCACUCCAACCUCUGGAGUACCUUCCAGCACAAAGGAAGGAACUAUACUGUACAUGUCUGGAACUACAUACCUGGGUAAAGAGUUGUGGAAAAGCUGCUAUCUCGUUCUCAGUAAAGGGAUUCUGUACCUGUAUUCGGAGAGAACAGAUGUGACACCUCUGCUGUCGGUCACCAUGGGCGGAGAGCACUGUGGAGGCUGCCGUCGCUCCAACAUCACAGAUCGGCCCCACGCCUUCCAAGUCAUUCUGACAGAGCGCCCCCCGCUGGUGCUCUGCGCUAGCAAUGAGCAGGAAAUGGCUGACUGGAUGCAACUCCUCUGUCAGUCUGUCUCUAAAGGGGUGAUCCCCCAGGGUGUGGCCCCCUCCCCGUGCAUCCCAUGCUGCCUGGUAAUGACAGACAACAAGCUGCUAACUUGCCAUCAGGACUGUCAGACCAGUUUUUUCCGUUCUCUGGGCAGCGCCGAUAUCUGCAACGUCACCGCUGUGAGCCUGGAGCGUGACAAGGAGUACUGCGUUGUUGAGUUCGCAGCAGACCGGGUCCAGUUCCUCCCCCCGUGGGUCUUAUACUUCAGCGGCUGCCAAGAGAGAGAUCGACUUCUGCAAGAGUUAGAAAGAGUAUGGAAAGCCAUUUUUCAGGUCGACCUUCCCCGCAGAGAAAUGCGCGAUCCGUUGGUGCAGAAACGCUGCGGCGAGGCCCUCGAGCUGAUGAGGAGCGCCUGGCAGAGGGCGGACAGUCUGGCUCGAGGCAGAGCGCAGCGGGAACCGUGGUGCUGACGGACACACACACACACACACGAUAACCCGUGUGUGUGUGUGCGUGCGACGCUCUUAGCCAGCGCAAAGCAGCCGGUUGAUCAAUCAGAAUUAUGGAUGAGCGAAGCUUUAGAAAUGUUUUUUGCUGACGUUGCAGAGCACGUAACGAGUGACACGUUAUUCUCCGUCACGGUAACGGUUUAUCUGAACGUGAUCAAACUCUGAGAGAUGGUUCUGAAGCGGGCGAGUAAGAAGUUGAG